UCACAAUUUCCAGAUUCUUCCAGAGAAGAGAAUAAAAAGAAACCAGUUUUGGAAAGACUUGGAAAUUUGUUUGGUACCGGAAAAAGGAAAAAUGUCAAAAGUUCACUAGAACACACUUCGCAUCAGAAAGGGGAGAGGUCGGUUUCUCCCCACAGGCCGCAGCCAAUAUUCUGUAGGCACCUAAAGGAAGGACACGAAGCUGCUCAAGUACAGACGCAAGUGAGAAGCACAGGUGCCGCUUCUGAGGCGCAGGAGUAUAACUUCAGGGGGGAGGUAGGACCACUGUACUGCAAUACUGUUUCAGAAUGGAGUAGUAGGGGAGUCUCUUCUGACAGUGAGUGGUCAGCAGAUUGGAGCAGCAGCAGUGAAACCAUUAAAAACUCUUUCUUCGAGAGUAGCCUGAAUGUGGAAACCCUGGAACCAGAGAGAGAAUCCAUCACAGAUAUAAAUAAUUCCACAACUCCAGAUUUCAUAAAAAGUUUGAGAAGUUUGUCUAGUGAAGACUUGGAAAAGAGUAUCUUAAGCCACAAGGAGCUUGUGAACACGUGGGUGUCUGAGGAGCCUGAGCAUGCAAAACCAAAGGAUUUGCCAUAUGAGUUGGAAUCCACAGUGAGUGAACACACACAUCCUGCUAGAGUGUUAACAGUUGAUAUCUAUCUAAGAAAAACAGACGAACGUCUUAAUGAACCCGUGACUGUUAUAUCAGAAGAAAACCAUAGUGACUUGGACACGAUGGAUAAAAAAUCUGCUAAUAAGAGAUCUGGAAAAAGGAGAAAAUCUCAGUCAUCUAGUGACGCUCCAAAUGGAGAGAGAAACCAGACUGAGGCUAUUGUGAGAGAAGAUUCUGUGUUUGAGGAUGUUGUCCCUUUUGAGGGACAUUAUCUUUCCGACAAGAUAAUGAACUCCGAAAGAAAAGUUAAGUCUCCUCAACAGACUCCUGAAAGGAAUUCCUCUUCCCCAGGUAACAGUCAGGACCUAAAAUUUGGAUCUGCUCACAAAGGGGUGUCUAAAACUGAAGCUGACAAAGGCAAGCAGCAGCUAUUAAACACAACCCCUGCAAGGAGAAGGUCAUAUAAAAAAAUUCAGUCAGAUGCUGUCCCCAGUUCCCCUACUGGUUUGAAGAGUCAGGUAAAAGAUUAUUCCUCAAAAAAGCAACCUUUAGCAUCACCAGAGGGUAACCCAAUGACAAAAAGAACUUCAGUGGAAAAGGGAACUAUACCUGUGGCUUUUGGGGAAGACAGCUUGGAGUCUCCUAAAGUUUCUUUGGCUGCCAAGACAGAAGAUGCUGCCUUGGUGUUUCCUGAAGGCAGAAAUGAGACCAGAGCAGUAAAGCACGGUAAUGGUUCGGAUGGAAGAGCUUUCUUGCAUACUGAUGGGAUUAAAAAUGGAGACCUGUGUAUGUCAGCUGAGAGACAGACAAAUUCUGAUUUAGACAGCUUGAAGCUGAAGAAUUUGGAUGCUUCCAGAACAGUCACGACAAAGAUUAACCUUCCAGCCAAACCGAAGAGUGUAGAGCUGAAUUUUAAAUCUACAAAUCAAGACAAUUUAGAAGGUGAUCAGGAUGCUCAUGAAAGACCAGUUAAUAAAACUAACAGCAACAUUGCCAACAAAAUUUCCUUGUUUGAAAAUAAAUGUGCUAACCAGAGCCAAAGGCCUGCUGAUGUUCCUUCUUCAAAAACUAGUACUGUACCAAGCACGUUUGUUGGCAGAGCAAAGCUGAAAUUUGGAAAACAACUGAAGGAAACCGAACAACCUGAUAAAACAUUAAAUAAGCAAAGCAGUCACCUGAAGUUUUUUGAAAAUGGUGCAGCAGAGAAAGAAAGCACUGCAGAAUUAAAAGGAAAAACUGAGGAAGGCUCUGCCUGGUAUGAGGAUACUGGGAAGACAACAGACCUUAAAGUAAAAGCUGCAAUAUCCCUUUUUAACCAAGGUAGCAAGAUUUAUGCUGGUGGUGUCUCUCUGAAGCAACCCGAUCCAGAAGUGACCAUAGCUAAAAAAGAAAAUUCAUCCUUUAAACUGUCUUUGCACUUGCCCACUAAAAGUGAAAAUGCUCAAGAUACUUCUUACCAGAGAAACAACACAAGCUCAGAAUUCCACAGAAAUGAAGAAAAGAUACUGCCAAACACAGAGGUUUUAUCACCUUGCAAUGAUGAUAAAUACUCUCUACCAUCUCCUCAGAUUUUUAGGUCAGAAUUUAAGAAGGUAGAAAAUGGAGAUAAAAAGGCAAAGCCAGGAGAUUUGAGCUUUGCAGCAUUACAGUAUGAUGACAGUGGUCAAGACAGUACCUUGUUAUCAGAGCACAACAUCAGUGCACAAAAGAGCCCGGGUGAAACCUGUAAUGGAUCUGCUGAAGAAGAUGACAGCAUUUUUGAGUCCCCAUCUGACAUGAAGAAAUUUGCUGAAACGAUAAGAAACUUGGACAGCUCCAUUUGUUUACCCCAGAAAAAGAAGAGAUCAAAGCUUCCCAAGUCCCCAGCACCCCACUUUGCAAUGCCACCCAUUCAUGAAGACAACUUAGAGAAAGUAUUUGACCCUAGUGUAUUUACUUUUGGUUUGGGACUGAGGAGGGAAAAAACGCAGGAUCUGCUACCAACUCAACAAAUUAAAAUGCAAAGCCUGGAAACGAUAGCCAGAGUCAGGCCCAAGCGUGCAUCAACAGAGCAAAGUAUUAUAUUUAAAGCCCUGCAGUCAUGUAAUAGAGAGGAACCUGCCAUUACUCAGGAAAUAAAUGGAAAAGAGAACAUUGAUGGUACAGAUGGUGAGAUUAAGAGAUCCCGACUUGAAAAAAGCUCCCUGUUCUCAAGCUUGCUGUCUUCUACAUCUAAAGAGAAGUUUUUAAAUCCUUCUGUCACUUCAGUAAACAACACUGCAACAACUUUCACAGCGGACUCCUCGGGAAUGCCUCCUUUACAACAGGAUGCUUCUGGAUCUUUUGGCAUGCCUCAAAAAUCUGAGUCUCUUUCAGAUAUGAAGUUGCCAAGUUUUGUGGAGAAGUACAUGCAAGCAGAUAGUGCAAAAAAAGAACUAAGUUUACAAAUGCCGAACUUCGGGAACACCGAGAAAAGUUUUUCCAGCUGGUUAGGGACAAGCAGAUAUGAAUCAAAUGUCCCCGCUGGCUUGUUAGAUGUGGAUGCACUUUCAAGAAAUGGACAAAGUAAAAUCAACCCCAGACCUGGCAAGCUGGUGAUAUACUGUGAAUCAGACGAUGAAAAAAAUGGUAUUGAAGUUUUCCAUGAUGUUUUGGAUUGCAGUUCUUGGGUUCUGUCACCAAGAAUCUUAGUGAAAGUCAUCAGAGGAUGCUGGAUACUCUAUGAGAAACCAAAUUUUGAGGGCCCUUCUAUUCCCCUGGAAGAAGGAGAGCUGGAACUCCCAGAUAUUUGGGGUUCAGGUACUUCUGAAGAGCAAAAUGAAUGCCAGUCUACAAAGCCUGCAGUGAUUGGUUCAAUAAGACAUGUUGUUAAGGAUUACAGGGUCUGCCGAAUUGAUUUGUAUACAGAACCUGAAGGGCUGGGGAUCGUGACUUCCUUUUUUGACGACACUGAGGAGACGGGCGUGUUCGGCACCACUCAGAAGACGUGUUCUAUCAAAGUACACUGGGGCAUAUGGCUAAUUUAUGAAGAACCUGGUUUCCAGGGAGUCCCUUUAAUGUUGGAGCCUGGUGAAUAUCCUAAUUUAGCGUUCUGGGAGAAGAAGGAAGCCUACAUUAGGUCCAUGAGGCCCUUGAAAAUGGGUGGUCGCAAAGUUGAAUUCAGUAGAGAGCCAAAGGUAAUUGUGUAUGAGAAGCCGUUCUUUGAAGGGAGACAUGUGGAAGUGGAAUCAGAGGUCCUUACGCUUGAUGACAAGGCAUCAGAGGAGAAGGCGAGACUUCCGCUUUCAUCAAUAGGAUCCAUGAAAGUUCUAGGAGGGAUUUGGGUCGCUUACGAGAAACCUGGGUUUGAAGGCCAUCAGUACCUGCUGGAGGAAGGAGAGUAUCAGGAUUGGACAGACUGGGGUGGCUACGAUGAAGAGCUACAGUCACUGAGACCAAUUGUUGGUGACUUCACAAGUUCCCAUAUGAUAAUGUACAGUGAAAAAGACUUUGGAUCAAAGGGUCCCAAUAUUAACGUGUUAGGAAUUAUUUCCAAUUUGAAAGACACUGGAUAUGGGCUGAGGACACAGUCUAUAAACGUGCUAAGUGGCGUGUGGGUGGCUUAUGAGAACCCUGAGUUUACAGGGGAGCAGUACAUACUGUCUAAAGGGAUGUAUCCCAGCGCUGAGGCAUGGGGGGGAAAGAAUUGCAAAAUAUCUUCAGUUCAACCCAUCAUUAUGGAUAUCGUUGGAAGCAAAAGGGGUAAAGUCAAGGUCCAGUUAUUUUCAGAGCCUGAAUUCAAAGGUAACUGCCAAAUAUUUGAAAGAAGUGUGAGAUGCAUUGAUUCAUUUGCUGUGAAGUCUUCAAAAAUUUUAGAUGGCAGCUGCAUAGUGUAUGACCAGGAAGAAUUCUCUGGUAACCAGUAUGUGUUAGAAGAAGGAAUCUAUCCUGAUCUGAUGGCGAUGGGUUGUUCACCCCAAGCAGUUCUGAGAUCUUUACGGAUUAUAAGUACUGAGCUGUCUGAGCCGUGCAUAGCUCUUUAUGAAAAGGUGGGUUUCCAGGGAAAGAAAAUGGAAUUCACUACAGAAAUUUUAAAUCUCCAGUUCCUGGGAUACAAUCCUCGAAUAGCUUCGGUUCAAGUUCUUGGUGGCAUAUGGGUAAUUUUUGAGCACAGUAACUACAGAGGGCGUCAGAUGUUGUUAUCACCGAAUGAAAUUGCAGAUUGGUAUAAAGUGAGUGGCUAUUGUCAGAUAGGUUCUCUGAGACCUUUGCUGCAGAAACGCGUGUACUUCAGGCUUCGCAACAAGGAGACAGGAAAAUUCAUGUCAGCUGAUGGAACCUUAGACAAUCUGACUCUUAUCAGAAUACAGGUUGCAGAAGAUGCAGACUCUGAUGAUCAAAUAUGGGUUUAUCAGGAUGGAUUAAUAAAGUGCCAGAUGGCAGAGGAUUGCUGCUUGACGAUUGUUGGAAAUCUUAUAACUCCUGGCUCUAAACUCGGCCUGUCAUUUGAGCGGAAUGAAGACAAACAAUAUUGGCAUAUUAGUCCCGACGGCAGGAUUUAUAGCAAGAUGAAACCCAAGCUGGUUUUAGAUAUCAAAGGGGGCACACAAUAUGAUUGUGACCAUGUUGUUGUCAACGCGGUGAACGAAGAAAAGUUAUCGCAGUGUUGGGAGCCACUAGUUGUGUAA